AUGUCCGCAGCAGCAGCAGCAGCAGCAGCAGCAGCAGCAGCAGGCAGCAGCACGGAGGGUCUGCGGGGCCUGCGCCGCAGCGGCGCGGUGUACGUGUGCUCCCCCGGCCGGGUGUACGUACAGUGGCAGCAGCGGUGGCUGCUGCUGGAUGGCUUUUUGCUGAAGUGCUUCAGCAGCAGCAGCUCCCUCAAACCCAAAACUUCCAUUCCCCUCGAGUCUGCUGCUGUCGAGGGUUUAUUUUCUGCUGAGGACAACUUGAGCCACAGCGGCGUGGAGCUGUACAGCUUCUGCGUUCGCUGGCAGCCGCAGGCAGCAGCAGCAGCAGCAGCAGCAGAGGGAGAGGGGGAGGAGCGCGACUGGCUGCUGCUGCAUGUGGGACUCGAGAGCAAAGAGGAGGCCCAGAAAUGGCUGGCAGCAAUUCUUGCUGCAGUGUCGGCCUGCAGCACGAAACCUCCCCCAGUAGAUUUGCCCCACACCUUGCUGCCGCUGCCGCAGCAGCCGCUGCCGCUGCUGCUGCUGCUCAAUGCCACGCAGCCCCCAGCAGCAGCAGCAGCAGCAGGCAGUGGGGCCGGGGAGGCAACAGCAGCAGCAGCACCAGCAGCAGCAGCGGGGGAGGAGAAGCCGGAGAAGCCGCUGCUGCCGGGCAGCGCGCCGUUUCAGGUGGACUGGCAGCAAAUCCACUGCAGCAACUUGGGCUGCUUCUGGCGGGACUUGAGGGGCCCCUCACGUUUUGCUGCUCAGACACAAGUGGACGCGCCGCAGGAAGUGGUAGCUCGUCUGCUGAUGUGUCCGGAGUGUCUGUACAGCCCGUGGGGCACAGCAGUGUGCAGCGAGGAGCAGCAGCAGCAGCAGCAGCAGCUGCAGCAGCUGCUGCUGCCUCUCUCUCUGGGCCAGUGGAGGCUGCUGGAGCCUAUUGAUGCAGCAGCUCUUGAGGGCGACAGAAUUCUAGUUCGGCUUCCUCCCCCGCUGCUGCGGUGGUUUGCUGCUCCUGCUGCAGCAGCUGCUGCAGCACCCGCUGCACCACCUGCUGCAGCAGCAGCUGCAGCAGACAGCUCCGCAGCAGCAGCAGCAGCAGCAGCAGAAGCGGCUGCAGCAGCGACUGCAGCAGUUGCUGCAGUUCAUGGCGCCCUCGGCGGCAUCCACUUCGCCUCGUGGUUGCUGCUGGCGGCGCCGCUGCUGCUGCUGCUGCUGAUCGCUGCUGUGCUGCUGCCGCUGCCUGCCUCUAGCAGCAGCAGCGCAGCAGCGGCAGCAGCAACACAGCAGCAGCAGCAGCAGCAGCAAACUAACUCAGGCAGGAACAUUGCAGAUGCUGAUGGCACUCUGUACAUUAUUGGGAGCAGCACAGACAUCUGCAAUGCUGCCGUAGCUCCACGUCCUGCUGCUGCUACUGCCGCUGCUGCUGCUGCUGCUGCUGCUGCUGGGAGUUUAGAGACGACAGCACAAGGGAAGUCUGCUCCGUCCUUGCUGCCUCAGCCGCUGGCAGCAGUGGCCGCAGCAGCAGCGGCAACAGCAGCAGCAGCAGCAGCAGCAGCAAAGCAGCUUGCGGCUCUCACUUUAGAUCUCUUUAGGCGCCGCGGCGUCUCGGUGGCUUCUGUUGGCUGGCAGGUAUCUAGGGACAAUGCAGACCCGGCAGGGCGGUGUCUUGUCACUUGUGUAAUUACACUAGCCUCGCCGCAGCAGCAGCAGCGAGCGCCUGCUGCUGCUGCUGCUGCUGCUGGUUCUGCUGCUGCUGCUGCUGCUGAGCGGCUCGCUGCGUCGGCCGUCGCAACGGUGAUUGCAGCGGGGCUGCAGCAGCAGGAGCAGCAGGAGGAGCUGGAGCAGCAGCAGCGGCUGCUGCUGCCGCUGCUGCUGCUGGCAGCAGCUGCUGCUUCUCCCCAGACCAGUGCUGCCUCAAUUGCUGCUCUUUCCUUUUUGUCUCAUGUCCUUUUGCUUCCGAAAAUUUUAGUUGCUGCUCGCGAAGAGACUGCAGCAAGUCCGGCGCCUGCUGCAGCAGUGGAUGUCUCUGUGGGGGAAGAUUCCCCAGCAGCAAAAGGAGCAGCAACGCGGGCAGCAGCAGCAGCAGCGAACUUCGCAGCAACAGCAGCAGCGGGCGUGGCCACAGCAUCGGGUGCGAGCGCCUCUGCGGCCUGCGACGCAGCAGCAGCAGCAGCAGGAGCAGCAGCAGCAGCAGCAGCAUCAGCAGCCAGCGGCCCCGGCUGGGCCUACUGCAGCGACCUGCAGGGGGUGGUUCUUGGUGGGGUUGCUCUGGGGGACCAGCGAAUUCGGCUGUCUUCUUUUCAGAGACUUUUAGCUGCAGAAGAUGAUGCACUUUCCCCCAAGCAGGCAGCGGCGGUGCAGACCCUGCUGCAGCGGUUCGGGACUUUGGGCGUUAGCCGCGGCGAUAUAGUUCGCAUGCUGCUGCUGAGCAGCAGCUGCAGCGUGGCGGAGGCGGAGAGCCACGUGGAGGCUCUGCUGCGCUGGCGGGCGAAAACGCAAAUUCGAAAACUUGAAAAAAGACAUGUUUCUGAUCAGCUUUCUCGAAACUGGGGUUACAUUUAUUCGCAAGACAAUUUAUCUCGGCCGUGUCUGAUUCUGCGGCUGUCCAAUUUGCUGCCAUUUGCUGCAGCAGCAGCAGCAGCAGCUCGCGCGCCUCACCCGGCUGCAGCAGCAGCAGCAGCAGCAGCAGCAGCCGCAGCAGCGGGCGGCCCCCCGGCAGCCGCCGCGGCCGCGGCCGCUGCCCCAGCAGCAGCAGCAGCAGCAGCAGCAGCAGCAGCAGCAGACUGGCGGCAGUGUUUGCUGUUUUUGAUAGAAAGUGGCAUAGCAGCAAACCAAAAUGAGGGGCAGCAGCUGUGUCUCCUCGUUGAUGCUGCUGCUCUUUCUUUUUCCUCUUUGCCGCUGCAGUCCCUCUUCAACUUCUUCGCCCUCUUGGCCCCCCUCUACUCCCACCACCUCGGUGAGAACUAG